AAGAGGGUCGCAAUCGUCGUCCUCUGAUGAAUCCAUCCAUUGCUCUUCUUCGCUGUGUAACUUUGCCUUCUUCUUCUUCUUCUUCUUCAUCGCGAUAACUCCUGUUUCUUCAUAACGAUAAGAUUCUACAGAACAAUCGAAUCCUUUCGGAAUUUUUCAGAGGUUGUUUGCUAGCUGUGGAGAUUUCUCUCUGUCUACCAUCAAACCUCCGUAGAGAGUAGUAGUACUGUCCAAGAGAUCGAACCGGGCAGAAGGAAAAGGAGUUGUUUUGGAUCUCUGGUUGGUUAGGGAAGGCUCAAGGGGAGCUGGUGUUGUUGAAGCGUUAGUAUGUUUGCUAGUUGAUUUAGAAACGGAGGAAGGAGAGACCAAGCGCCAAUUUCUCUAAUCUGAAUCUUGAUUUCCUGGAAUACUCGAUUGCGUUUGCUUUGGUUUUGAGGAGAGGGAGAUGUCAAACCAUCCGAAGAUGACAUGUGUGUCUUCGGCGCAUCAGAAUUUGGAGGAGAAGCUAAGAGAACUUCAGGAGAAGUUCUGUCAUCUUCAGGCUGCUAGGAAAGAAGGGCGCCAUGGUGACCUUGCUCUUUUGGAAGCCCAAAUCUCUCAGAAUCUUCGUGAGUGGCAAGCUGAACUCACUGCUCCUUCUCCAGAAUCUUCUCUUCUGGGUGAAGGUAUUAGCCAAUUCCUUGAAGAGUUUGCUGAGUUUGCUCCUCUGUUGAAGUUAGACGAGGAGGAUGAUGCAACUAGUACGUUAAAGGAACAUGCUGCACCAAAGCCUGAGCCUGAGGGUUUCGCUCAAACCUUGUGCCCUCCAGAAUGGACAUCUGAUCAUUUUAGUCAAAGUCUUUUCAACGGGAAUUUCUCCUGUGGUGUUGAGGAUGCUGGUAACAACACAGAAACACAUGGUCAGCAACUCCAUUAUGCCUUUGAAGGGUUUGAUUCAAGCAUAAACACUGCUCCUGAUUUCCAUGAUCAAAAACUCAGCAACCUGGAUAUAACUUCUCAGUAUGAUUAUAUAUGCUCAGAAGUGCGUCAGGAACUCGAUAACAGCCCUUCCAUUAAGCUUGACUCUUCUGAAGAGAUCGAAAACUUUGCUGAAUUUACUACUCCAUCAAGUGUCCGUGUGCCUCCAUCUGCUUUUCUCGGACCCAAGUGUGCACUAUGGGAUUGCACAAGGCCUGCUCAUGGCUCUGAGUGGUACCUGGAUUACUGCAGUAACUUCCAUGCGACUCUAGCUCUGAAUGAAGAUUCGCCUGGCGCAACACCUGUCUUAAGGCCGGGGGGCAUCAGUUUGAAAGAUAAUCUACUGAUUGAUGCCCUUCGUGCAAAGACUCAGGGUAAGAAUGUUGGCAUCCCAGUGUGUGAAGGAGCUGUUAACACAAAAUGCCCAUGGAAUGCAGCAGAGUUGUUUCAUCUUGAACUGGUUGAAGGCGAAACGAUUAGGGAGUGGCUCUUCUUUGACAAACCUAGAAGAGCAUAUGAUAGCGGAAAUCGAAAGCAAAGAUCACUUCCAGAUUACAGCGGACGAGGUUGGCAUGAAUCAAGAAAGCAACUGAUGAAGGAACAAGAAGGCCAGAAGAGAUCUUACUAUAUGGAUCCACAACCUUCAGGUUCCUUCGAGUGGCAUCUCUUUGAAUACCAAAUCAAUGAAUCUGACGCAUGUGCGUUAUAUCGCCUAGAAAAAAAAGUAGGAAAUGGAAAGAAGAGUCCUAAGGGAAAGAUUUCAAAAGACCCUCUAGCUGAUCUGCAGAAGAAGAUGGGACAGUUUAAAGUGGCUUCAGACAAGCCCUCUCCUCAAUCUAACUCAAGACUCCUGCAACAAUAGCUCCAAGUUGUCUCCGGCAUCCUACAAAAAAGCCAUCGUCAUCUGUGUUUUUUUUCUCUCUCUUUCUGACUGUAUUAUGAGGAGAUAGGAUCAUCAUCUUUGAUUUGAUGUAUUGUGUUAAUAUGGACAAGUCUGGUCUUUGCCCUUUUUCUUUAUAGAAUCUGUGAUGGGUUUGUAAAUUUUUGCAUUUUAUUUUUUCUCCUUCAAAACCGCAAGGAAGGAUUUUGUAAACGAAGUUGUGUACUUAUCCGAUCUAUAAUUUGAUGAGAAUUUUGCAGUC